GUUUACAGAAUUGCCAGAUCAAAAAAACUUUUGUUUUGUACAACAAAUAUUUACUGUCUAAACUACCUUAAGACAGAUUUUACCUAUGGUGACUGCUGUUUUUAAAUAACGCAAUUAAGCUGACAAACCGAGAAUAGCAGGAUGAAGGUGAAAGUGAUAUUCCCAGGCAAGAUCAAAGUGUGCUUCAGGAAAGGACCAACUGGAUAUCUGAGACAAGAUCCCUCAGAUGAAGCCAAGAGGAUCAAAGACAACCCCAAUCUCCAGGACAAAUCAGCCCCUCAAAGGGAAGACAAGGUCAAGGAGAAUGCCCGCUCUGUUGUCUUCAUGAGAGGAGGAGAUGUGUCAGACAGACAGGAGGUGCUGGGAGAGUAUGUGCUUCAGUUUGGAAAGUACAAAGGCAAGUCAUUCCGGUGGCUACUAGAGAAUGAUGUAGGCUAUACCAUGUUCUUGACUAAGAAGGUUGAGGAGGAGGAGAGAGCCGGACAGUUUAAACCAGAGGGUCCCAAGAAGGACAGCCUACUUUCAUUUCUUGAGUACAGUAGAAGCUUCCAGGAAAUCGAGGACCUCAUAAAGUAUUUAGCUGGAAGAUCAGUGGCACCACCUGUGAGAAAUGAAGAUGACAACUUGGUUGGCUUUGGGAUUAAUGCAGACAAGACUUGGAGGGAUAUUUGGGAGAGCAGAGCAGAUGGAUAUGCUGCAUUCAUCCUCCAGAAACAGUGUGUUCCAGGCAGCAAAAUGUAUCGGCUGCAGCAGUACCUCACUCAGAAAAAGAGCCAGCUUCAGAGUGUUUCAGAGGAACUUGCUUCCGCUGGCCUUGCAGCAUCUGCCUCUCAUCCUCCAGAAAUGGAGGAUGAUGAAGAAUUGGAGAGAAUGAUGCUUUCUAUAUCCCCAUCCAAACUCCAAGGCCAACUGAGAACUCCCAAACCCCCGGCAGUUCCCCCACAGACCCCCGGGCAGUGA